GUGAUCCAAAACCGCGCUGAUCCAACCGCGCUGAAUGCCGCAAGCCAGGAAGUGAGAGACCCCGGGAAAGAGAUGAGUGAGGUAAUGGCACUUUUAGCAUCAGCUAUUAUUGCUGGAGCAUCCCUGGCCAGCACCUCCAUCGUGCAGAUAUCCCAGACCAUGAAUACUGACAGAAACAUCACUAUUGAAAUCGUAAACUACAGUGAAAGGUACACCCUGACAAAUCCCAGGACCUACACCUACAGCGGAUACUGCCACCACCCUCCACAGCCGACCUUCAAACAAAAGACUAAAGAAGUGUGCUGCUUCUCCAAAACUGCACACACUGCCUGCGGUUCUGUCGGAGUUCUGACCUACCAGAUCCUCAGCGAUGCACAGGACUGGGUGGGAGAACUGGCCUUAAUGUACUCUGUACCUUAUGAUUAUAACCUGUAUGAAAACACUUUCGCUCUGGGCAUUUUUCAAUCAGGUUUUCCAUGUGAUGAGGAUCUGUACAACCAGAUGUACUACAAAAGUGGUCCAUUCAUUAGAGGAAACGGGACAGGAAGCAGCACUACGCACUCUGAUAAAGAUGCUGUUGUUAAGGGAACAAUGUCCUCUGCAGGCCAGGCAGUUAUGUGUGUGGAAUUUGAUGAUAAAUUGUCCAACAUUUAACCGAAGAAAGGUACAGACCUGAUUCCAGCCAUGCAUACCACAUGUACGUUAUGUACACGUGAUAUAUAAUUCAGUGAAUAUAUAUAACGGUACAAUUUACAGGUUUUAGGCCACUAAUCCCCUUAAUAUACAUGAUUCCUCUUUGCAGUGAGAGAGAGUUUACCAAAAAAAACUCCAAAUCACAUUAAAACAGAUGCAGGUAAAUAUAGAUUCAAUAAAAUCUGAAGAACAAAGCUUAGUUACAGAUAUCUCCUGGACAGCCAGCACCCUAGUGGAUGUCUUCAUGUCUUUUAUCAGCAGCUCACCUGAUUUACCAAACCAGGUGUUGAUAUGAUCAUAGCUAUCUGGGCAGAAAAUCUCCUUAUCUGGGCAAUAAUAGCUCUUUAUUACUCCCCAGAUAAGGAUAUUUUCAUUUUAAUUUACACAGAGGACUAAAACUUUUAAACAGUACCGUGACAAAUCUAUUAAAAAAAUACAUCAAUAAAGUAAUUUGAUUUAUGCAUAACAUGUGUAAACACUCAUCCUGCACGUCUGCCUGCAAAAGAACAUAAAUGACAACAAAGUGCAUGUCUGAUUACUCUAUAUACUAUUCUACUGUUUAUAAGCAUAUGUUCAGUAAAACAGCUGUUCACAUGA